ACCUGAGUGUGGCCUCAUCGUGACAGUAGGGGAGGCUGAGAGAAAUGAUUAAAUUAAAGACGGUUCUUAAGGAGUCCAUUUAGAAUGUGCUGACACAGAAAGAACGUGCAAAGCAACUUGCAGGGCAACGUAUAAACCAAUUUGCAAAAUCAGGAUGAAACAAUAGCUUGCUGAUUAAAGAAGCGAUACGGGUAACGGGAAGACAUGCUUAACGGUUGAACAAUAACGGUGUUAAUGCGCUGAGGCUGAUAAGUGGGCCAAAGGGUAAUCACAUUUGUAAUUUUGUAAUGAGAUUAAGGAAGAAUGUCUGCACCUCACAUGGGUGCAACUCACAAAGUCGUAAACAAGUAGGAUAUAAAAAAACUGUGCAAAGUGUAAUUCGGCACUCAAUCUAGCAGGAGCUGGUUGGGUCCGACUCUGCAGACUCGAAAAAUAAAGUUUACCGUUCUGCAAAUUGCUGAGACUCAGUGUGUUUCUGACAACGUGGGGGCUCGUCCGGGAUCCACACUCCGGCCGCGGUGGACACGAGGAAGGACAUCGGAGACGGUGCACCCCGCCGAGUUUGGCGGUCCCUGACUCCUUGCUCGUCGCUCCGACGCGGCUUGAGCGAGUGAUAUCCGGACAGCGCAGAGCGGUAAACGGGGAGAAGGGGACAGUACCUGGUACUGGAAGUCCCCAGGACGCACCGGAAUUGCGCAGGAAGGGGUUACUCGCACAAACCCCACCUCUGGACUUCGCACUCCACCGAACUCAGCCCGGUGACUGGGUCCUGAUUAAGACUUGGAAGCCAGAGAAGUUACAGCCGCAGUGGGAAGGCCCAUUCCAGGUGCUACUGACCACCGAAGCCGCAGUAAGGACAAAAGAAAAAGGGUGGACCCACGCCGCGAGAAUCAAGGGACCCGUAAAGCCCGAAGAAGGUGCAGAAUGGACUUGCGUCCAGGGAGAAGACCCGAUGGUGCUAAAGCUCAAAAGACGGACAGAAUGAACUUUGGGACUGUAAUGUAUAUACUGCUAUUGUUGAGAAGCGCUGAAGGGGGAUGUGAUAAGUGCAGGACGACGGUAAGGGUGGGCAUGACGGUUUUUCCAGGGUCCUUUGUAUCACACUCGCAUGUAAAUGAGAAAUGUUAUGACUACAACAAAAAGGAGGAAUGCCUGGAAAACAGAAGGCGAUAUUAUCAAGUAAGAAAUAAGGGAUAUGUGUGGGAUUGGGGGCCAAGGAUUAGGGGUAUAUGGGAGUGUUACCACUUGUCCUCCCAAGGAUAAAUGGCUAUGCAUUAACAAGGGAGGACAGGGGGAUAUUCCCUCGAUAUUGGUAGACGAUUAUGUGGAUAAAGUUAAGGAAACUAUAAUCCAGAAUGAGAAAAAGAAAAUAGCUGAGGAAACUCAACACAGACAAAAAGCUGCAGUCUCCACAGACCCAUCGAUAUACCAAGAAAUAGAAAGGGAGAUUACGCUACCAGACGUAAAAGAAAACCUCUUUAUAGAUCUGGCAACUCGGGUAGCAGGCAGUCUAAAUAUUAGCAACUGUUGGGUCUGUGGAGGGCCACACAUGAGUGAACAAUGGCCUUGGCGGGGUGAAAGCCUAAAUACAUGGGAAUUAAUUCAGCGGAACUGGACGGUGGUUAAGGAUAGAAGGAAGCAGGGGUGGGAACUAACGAAUCUCCCCGAAGGACAAAUAUGUGUUGCGCGGGACGGGGAAAUAAAAGUAGGAAAAAGCCCCUGUCAGAGCAUUAAGUAUAAAGAGCAGAGCGGAAACAUUACCUGGUGGCCAGAGGAACCGAAAUGGUAUAUUACCAUAGAACCAAAAGGAAACUGUACGCCCCUCGGGAAUACCCCCGAAGUAUGGAAUUGUACUGGAACGGACCCAUACCACGGAAUUCCCGGGGUGAGCGAGGUUUGGGACAAAGGACAGGGUGUUGCCCCAGAGGGAUUGUUUUGGAUUUGCGGAGGUAGGGCAUACACACGCCUGUUGCCCAACUGGGGGGGAGUGUGUUUCCUGGGAAUUAUCCGGCCUGAAUUCUUCCUGUUGCCCGAGGAGGAUGACAAAGCAUUGGGGGUAAAGGUAUUUGAUUCCCUACGAAGAAGUAGGCGAGAGUUGCAGGUUGGAGACUGGGGAGAUAGCUGGCCACCCGCCCGGAUUAUUGAGUAUUAUGGACCAGCGACCUGGGCUCAGGAUGGGUCUUGGUGAUAUAGGACGCCCAUAUACAUGCUAAACCGAAUAAUCAGACUACAGGCGGUGGUAGAAGUAAUUACAAAUCAGACUGCAUUGGCCCUGGAACUACUAGCUAAGCAACAAAAUCAGAUGCGCACUGCUAUUUAUCAGAACCGCUUGGCAUUAGAUUAUUUGCUUGCGGCUGAAGGAGGAGUAUGUGGAAAGUUUAAUCUAACCAACUGCUGCUUAAAGAUAGAUGACAACGGAAAGGUGGUUCAAAAAAAUAUCAGAUAAAAUAAGGAAACUGGCCCACGUGCCGGUACAGACCUGGAAGCCGCUGGGGUAUUGGGACUGGCUGGACGGAUGGUUGAAAGGAGGCUGGUGGCGAACCGCUUUAGGGGUUAUAGGAGGGGGAUUGAUGGUCCUCCUUCUGCUACCAUGUCUGAUCCCCUGCUUGCGGGAGCUAGUAGCUCGGGUGGCAAGACAAGUCAUGCAACCAGGGGCCCCAGCUGAUCCUGUUCAGGUACUCCUACAAAGGGAAAUAGAGCUAGAGGAAGAAGCCUAUGUAAACCCGUGGCAAAAGCCCAACUGAUAGCACAUUCUAAAAAGAAAAAGGGUGGAUUGAGAGAAAUGAUUCUUAAGGAGUCCAUUUAGAAUGUGCUGACACAGAAAGAACGUGCAAAGCAACUUGCAGGGCAACGUAUAAACCAAUUUGCAAAAUCAGGAUGAAACAAUAGCUUGCUGAUUAAAGAAGUGAUACGGGUAACGGGAAGACAUGCUUAACGGUUGAACAAUAACGGUGUUAAUGCGCUGAGGCUGAUAAGUGGGCCAAAGGGUAAUCACAUUUGUAAUUUUGUAAUGAGAUUAAGGAAGAAUGUCUGCACCUCACAUGGGUGCAACUCACAAAGUCGUAAACAAGUAGGGUAUAAAAAAACUGUGCAAAGUGUAAUUCGGCACUCAAUCUAGCAGGAGCUGGUUGGGUCCGACUCUGCAGACUCGAAAAAUAAAGUUUACCGUUCUGCAAAUUGCUGAGACUCAGUGUGUUU